AUGAAUAUACCACUGAAAAAGAAGCUCUUUGAGAGGGCUUUCGAACAUUCCGAAGGUGUUUUAAUUACUUUCAAGGGCGUAGAUGGCUGGGAUGUCUACAACUGCUCGACGCCGUUUCUUUGGAAAGGUAAAAGACACAUUUACGGCCGUGUGGAAAGACGCGAUGAGUGGGCAAGCUCACAUGUGAGCCCAUUUGUUGAAACUGGCAAGGAUGAGUUUACAGCCUUGCCGGGGUUCACGUGGAAGCUGGAAGAUCCAUUUAUACAAAAAAUAAACGGCGAAUUCAUUUUGGGGGGCACCCACGUCGUCAAAAAAGGGAAAACGGUCGUUUCGUACUGUGAUUACUUUUUCCGGGGUCCCUCACCAACGCAGUUGCGUUUUUUCGCGUCUGGUCCGAUGAAUAUGAAGGAUAUUCGUCUCGUGCAGCUCGCGAGUGGAAAGGUUGGAGUAUUCUCUCGACCAAGGGAGGCGCAUCAUGCUAAUAUAGGCUUCGUGGUUCUCGACCACAUCGAUGAGCUUAAUGAGGAGUCUGUUAAGCGGGCAACUCCACUUGAUUUAUUCGAUAAGGGGGCCUGGGGCGGCGUGAACCAGGCCUACCUCCUCUUCAGCGGCAAGGUGGGCUGCGUCGCCCACUACAGCUAUCGCACCACCGAUCAAAAUAACAACCCCCUUUCGGUUUAUGUGAAUUUUUCAUUUGUUUUAGAUCCCCAGACUUACGCCGUCAGCGAUACGAAAAUUAUUGGUGCCCGAAAAUGCUAUCCUCCUUGCUCCGCUAAAAAGGAUUACCUCAUUGAUUGCGUUUUUACUUCUGGUAUUGUUAUGCGCCCUGAUGGACGCUGCGAUUUGUAUAGUGGGGUGGCUGAUACGCAUGAGGGAAGGCUCGUAAUCGAUUACCCUUUUCGCGAUCACGGUAAUAUUGUUAAUGACCUGUGCUCUGUACAGUCGCAUUCUUCACUAUAA